AUGCCGGCGUUCGCAGCAGACGAGGGCCAAGCAGCCCUCUCGGCGGACGAGGAGGCUGAGCUGCAGGAGGCGAUUCGCCUGUCGAUGUGCGAGUUCGGAAGCGCCUUGGUGGCGGGCGAGCGAGGCGCCCCCGGAGACGCCACGCCGCGCACCGACCAGAGACGCAACUCGCGGGAAGACGCGCUCGCCCUUAACGAGGACGCCGAGCUCCAACGGGCCAUCCAGGAGUCCCUCCUCUCAGCCGCAUCGCCGUCUCCUGGAGCUGCUACGCGGCCCGCGCUUCCCCCCCUGGACACCGGAGUCGCGCGGCAGAGCCUCCCCGACCUCGCAUGGCUCGGCGAGCAUUCGCCCUCGAGUGCGCAUGCAGCGGCGGCCUUGCCUCUCUGUGCGUCGCUCGCUCCCGAGGACGACAUCUCGGACCUCCUUCUCCCCCGGUCCCGGCCCACGCAGAAGAAGCCGCGCGAUCGAUGCAAACCGCCUGCUGCCUGGCAACGCGAAGAGGAAGACGAACUCGCGAUCUUCUCCAGAACUCUCCUGCCACAGACCCGCGAAGGCUUGCCCCCGUCGGGUGCGGGCGGCACGUGUCUCCGGUGUGGCGUGUCUCUGGCGUCUCCUUUGGAGCGCGCACCGAGAGCGGAGGCGCGCGCGCCUUCGCCGGCUAGCGAAGCGAGCACGGACAACGGCGGGGAAGAGGCCGAGGGCGAGAAGCUCUCGCGAGGCUGGGGACCGUCCCUGCGAGUCUGCACUGCAUGCGAGCGAGCGUGCGUGCGCGGCGCGCUGCGCUCGCUCCUCCGCGAAGGCCAGGCCGACCCUGACUCGCCUGCGCUCCGGCAAGAACUCCUUGCAGCGCUCGCGCCGCUGGACAGAAGGGAAGUGAAGCGCCUCGUCGGCCGCGUCUUCGGUCUCGGCGCCUCCAGGUCGAUAGGCGCCGAAGACAUCGCAAGAUGGUUCAAUCACCCGUUCCUGUUUGCCUCGGACGCUCCGUCUCCGCCGAGUUCGACGUCUGACGGUCUUCUCGACGGCCCGCCGGGCGCCUUUGGAGACUCGACCUUUUGCCCCUGGGGCCUUGCGCAGUUCCACGGAGGGCCGUGCGGACUCCUCGCCUCCGUUCAGUGCUUUCUUCUCCGCGCGCUCUUCUUCUCCCCUUCCCGCGCCAAGCGGUACUCCUCUCUGCUCCAGUCUUCUUUCUCGUCUUCUUCUUCCGCCUUGCCUGCGUCAACUUCAACCUCGUCUGCAGCUGUUCAAAGUGCGCCCGCGGAGGGCGACCGGCCAGGGUUGCGCCUGAAUGCGGAGUGCGCGAGUUUGUUGCCUCUGGGGGGGACGCAAGGCCACGCGUUGGUGGAGGCGCUCGCAGCGAUUUUGUUUCAGGCGACGGAGCGGUCGCACUACGUCGUGGCGCUUGCCGAUUUCGAGGCCUCCGGCCUGACUCUCGAGGCCCGAGGCCCAGGAAGCCGUGCGGGAACAGACGAGGCGCUCGUUUCCGCAGUCCGGGUCCUCGUGCGAGAAUUCGACAACAUCCAAGACGUCAUGCUGUUCUACUGGAAAUUCUACAAACUCCUCCUCCAGGACGCGGCUGCAGUACUCUCCUUCCUCUUCUCCGUCGUCCUCACGCGCGGCGUCGACAAGGUUCUUGCGGAUGCAGACACGCCGGACCAACCGUUGCUUGGGGUGUAUGGACACUGCAACCAAGAGCUGGUGAACCUCCUGCUGCUGGGAGCGGGGACGAGCAACGUCUGGGACGGCGACAAGAAGCUCGGAACCGACAGAGAGACAGGCGCGGAGACAGUUCUCGGCGGCGUCCGGAAACGACCCAUCGUCGGCUUCCUCACAGAGAUGGAAGCGCUCCGAUACUGCGAAGUGGGCGACCGGUACAAACAUCCGCACUAUCCUCUCUGGGUACUUGGAAGCGGCAACCACUACACCACUCUCUUUUGCCGGGAUCUUCUGGCUGCGGCGCUCGGCGCGCUUCGCCAGGCCGAAAUGGAAGCGCAGGUGGCGUUCAAGGCGAUUGACCAAGAAAACAACACCUUCAUUUUCACGCAGCAGCUGCGACCCCUGCUCGACCUCCUCGGCCAGGCACACAUGGAGGCCGAGGCGCGAGGCGCUAUGGGAGCUGCCGAUGGUGUCGUGUUGUGGACCGAGUUUCUCGCGUGGUACACGCGCGUGAUCGUGGGCAUGAAGACGGCGAGAGGCCCCAGCAUGAGGCGGUACUUGGUGGAGCUGCAAGACGCGGAUUUGCGCCACGCGCAGCCUGACGCUUUCGAGGUCGCGCGGCUCCUGUGGACGCGCUGGCCCGCAGCGACCGUGACGGAAAUUCCUCUCCUCCCUCUCGUCGAGUGA